CAGGGGCCCGAUCACGGUCCACAAGACCGCCAGACAUGGGGUCCGUAGCCAUGUUGGUUCAAGCCGCUUGGCUGCAGGCAGCAUGCUGGCUCGCCAGCGGCUGGUGGAGUGCGUGGCCGUGUUAGCGGCGUGCGUUCGCGGGGCGUCUCCCUCGUGUCCCGCUGGCCAACGUCACUCCGCAUCUGCCGCGUCCGAUGAGGCUGCCUGCACGCGCCGUCAUUACUGCUCCAAGUCUGGACACUUGACUGCUCCCAUCAUCGAGAGCAGCCUAGGGCCAUUCGAGGACAGCGUCCAGCGGAGCUUCACGCUCAGGCUGGAGGAGCUGAUCGCGGUGGUCGCGGCGAGGCUCGAGGGCGCGUCUGUCUGCUUUUGGGCGGACCAGGGCACGCUGCUCGCUGUCUGGCGGCACGGCGUGCCGGUCCUGCGCUACGACACGGACGCAGACGUCAGCAUCAUGGAGGAGGACGCAGACCGCGCCGUGGCCGCCCUCGACGCCCCGCCCCUCCUGGUGGUGGACUGGCGCGAGCGCCCCGGGCAGCCACACCUCGAGGUCGCCCUGCUGGCAUCGCCCGCGGCCCGACUCGACGUCUACCUCUGGGCCCCCUCCGCCGACGGCGGUCGGCUCGACUCGCCUGCUGGCUUCCUGGAGAGCGCCCCGGCGGAGGUGCUGCUGCCCCUGCGGCGCGCCCGCGCCGGCGGCGCGGAGCUCUGGGCGCCGCGCGACCCGGAGGCGUGGCUCCUCGCCACCGAGCCCGAGAUCUACCGCCCCGGGGGCAUCCGCGUGCCCGACCGGGUCUUCGACUUCGCCGCCGAGCGCUACCGGCGGCCCGAGGCCCCGCCCGCGGCGCUCCAGGAGUUCCCGCGGGUGCGGGUCGUCGCCUGGCCGAGCGGGGGGCAGCCGGCCGCCGCGCGGGAGCUCGCGGCGGCGCUCGCCGAGCAGGACUGGCCAGCGUCCUCUCUGGACCCUGUCCUGGUGGCCCCCGAGCGCGUCGCCGACCUGCCGCCGGGCUGGCGGGCGGCGGCCCCGGCGGCCGCGGGCGCCGCGGACAUCGUGUGCCUGUGGCCAGCGGGCGCCACCUUCAGCUGGCACCGCCUCACGGCGCAGGUCGCGCCCCUGGUCUCGCGCCGCGCCUGCGCCACGCGCCUGGGGCGCCCCCGCGGCGCGGCGCAGGGUGGGCCCGGAGAUGCGACGCUCUGCCUGCGGCGGGGAGAGGCACAGUGCCUUAAGGGCCUCGAGCUGGACACGGGCUUCGCGGCGCGGUGGUCGCGCCCGAUCUUCCGCGGUGUCUGCAGAGGGAGCUGGCCUGCUCGGGCUCCAGGUGCCGGCGUCGUGGGUGACGCUGUCCAGCCUGAACCGGGCAGCCUGAUCGCUCUCGAUUGUCACACCCUGGGAUGGACCUCCACGGUGCUUCUUGCAGAACUUCAACGCUUCCGUAGGAGGCCAGCGGGACGCGGAAAUGCACACGGGUAGCUUGGGCCACGGCAUUGCCAAUUGGAUGGUCCGGUGUCUUGCGAACGCGCUGGAAGGGCCGUCCUGCCCCCCGGCAGCAGCGGGGCAAUUUUUUUCGUGGCCAAGACGUUCGCGGCCGCUCCCCGCGGCCUCGGACGUGGCGGCGGCACGUGCCCCCCCAGCAGUUACAAAUCGAUUGUCGGGGACGGCCAAGAGGGGGGUGAUGACUAGGGGGGGAUAUCAUGGCGUGCGCCAUGAUAUUUCCUCAGAUGUCGUGGCGCCUCUUCUUAUUUCAUUACGUCUCCUGGGCCGCGCACAUGCCGCCGGCCAUGAUUUGCGCCACCCCUCUUGGACGCCCCCCUCUUGGCCGCCCCCCAAAUUGUGAGGCCACGGAGACAGAGCUCGCUUUUCAAGAUCCUGUCGUCCACGACAGAGUACAGUCGGACCGAGGUAUAAGACCGUGGUCGGUUCGGGGAGGGUGGAUUGGUGCCGACGAAGGGUUUCUUGUUAUUGAUGGAUGUUAUUCUGGCCUGGGUCUGACCGUACGUCCAACCCGUUUGAUGGGCACCAGUGCGAGUCGCGCCAGCAUGGACCAGUAUGGAGCACGCAUGCGCGAGCUUACAUUGUAGCCGCGGUCGUGCUGAGGCAUCGGCGGGACGGACGCAGGAGCCUGCCAUUGCAGGAAGUUCCUCCGCACGUCUCACUUCGGUGUGUGCGCUCUCCGCCAGUAUAGUCGCACACUGCACCGGGUGAAACGAGUGGCGCGUUGCUGCAACGCUCUUCGGUGGCUCGCGUCCUCCCCUCGGCCCUCCCUCCCCCAGGACUCAACUGUAUGACAUCAAGUUCUUUUGUGUGCUGGUGCACCUAGCCCGGUUGCGCGUGCUUCAGUAGAGGGAUCUGCCUCUCUUGGAGCCAAGGACGCACACGGAUGAAGAUAGAUCGCACUGCUACAUUACAACAUGCUUUGCAAUGUUGCAUUCUCGUGACAACAAAAUACACGCCAGAUGCCCUUGGGGGAUAGGUUGAGGUACGGGACCGCGUUUUGAACAAAAAAAUC